CAUCACCACCUGAUCCUAUCGCCCGUUCGCGGCCUUCAACCACCACAACUUUGUCAGCCAUUCUGGCUUAAUUUGUUUAUUUUCAAUCUCUCACCAUGUUUCCUACCGCCGCCCGUCUCUCCCAAGCGGUUCGUGUUACGCUCUUCACCCGGCUCGGCUGCGGACUGUGCGACACGGCAAAACACGCCGUAACUCAAUUACACAAACGGCGGCCCUUCGAAUACUCCGAAUUGGAUAUUAUGGUCCCCACCAACAAGCCCUGGAAGGAUGUUUAUGAGUUCGAUGUCCCUGUCUUACAUGUUCAAUCAGUCAAGGGUCAAUUGGAAAACGGAGAAGCCGACCUCUCCGAUCCAAAGAAGCUGUUCCAUCGGUUCACCGAGCAAGAAGUCGAAACUUUGGUCGACGAGGCCGAGAAGGCGAAAUCAUGAAUUCUAAACCACAUUUAGCUAAUUGAGCCAUAUCUCAAUUCAACCUCCUAUACCCUCCAUUUCAAAUAUUCCUCAGAAUUACGAGUGAGUGAGAUGUGAGGAGUCGUUCGACCUUGUGUCGUCUAGACAUGCCGGGAUACAAUUCCGAGUGAUCCCUUGUUUCAGCCCCGAGAAUCAUGCGCAAAGGAUCGUCUGCCUCUUCAAUGUAUCCAAACCUUCGUGAUAAUCCCAGUCGAUCCCGACUUUAAUGCACGUCGUCCUUCUCCGAUGACUAGGAAGGUGUCGCAUACCAAUGUCGGCUCCUUCAUUCAGCGGCAGAAGGGUGGAUAUGCGCGUCGUGGCCGGUUAGUCGUUGGUAGGGGUUAAUGGGAUGAGUAGAUAAAACUAGGUAUCUGAGAGUAGCUAAGGUGUUAA